UUUUUUUUUUUUUUUUUCCUGCAGUAGGUCAUGUUAAAUGAUAUGAGAAAGGAAGGGGACGAUGUUAGUUAAAGAUAGUGGUCUCGAUGAGAAAGGUCACCCGAUAACUUUGAUCCAGGAGGAUCAUCAUCAUCUAUGCAACAUUUCAAUAUCAAAAGAUGAGCAAGCGAAAAUGCAAAAACAACCUGAAAAAGCAACCAGCAAUUUCAAGACUGUGUUGUCGUCUCUUACAUCUGGCGCCCUCGCUGGUGUAGUUGCCAAGACCACAAUAGCACCCCUUGACAGAACAAAAAUCAUUUUCCAAACUUCGCAACUCCAGUUUUCGGCACGUGAAGCAAUACGAGUCCUAAUCAAGACGUAUAGAAAUGAAGGAUUCAUUCGUUUAUGGCGUGGUAACUCGGCCACAAUGGCUCGAAUCAUUCCAUAUGCAGCAAUACAGUAUGCAUCUCAUGAGCAAUAUAAAAAAUUAUUAUUACCAGACGGUGACAAGGUGUUAUCUCCUCCCUACCGAUUUCUUGCUGGCUCAUUAGCUGGUGUGACCGCCGCAUCGUGCACUUAUCCGCUGGACAUGGUUCGUGCAAGAAUGGCAAUUACGCAUAAAAAGAGGUAUAAAGGUCUUCUGAACAUCUUUACAAAAAUCUUCCGAGAAGAGGGGGUUCGGACGUUCUACCGCGGUUUCACGCCAACCAUUCUAGGUGUAAUACCCUAUGGGGGCAUCUCUUUCUUCAUAUAUGAAACUCUCAAGGGAAUGUAUGCAGAUCGUAACCAAGGAGCAGAUCCCAAUCCCCAAGAAAGGUUACUAUUCGGUGCUUUCGCUGGCCUCUGUGGACAGUCGGCUUCCUAUCCCUUAGAUGUAGUCCGUAGACGUAUGCAGACGGCUGGAAUCACAACGUACAGUUACGAGAGUAUCAUAAACACUGCGAAAUUUAUCAUUCAGGAGGGGGGUGUAAUAGGAGGGCUCUACAAAGGUCUUAGUAUGAACUGGAUAAAGGGGCCGAUUGCGGUUGGCAUAAGCUUCACGGUUUACGAUCUUACCAGUAAUUAUAUCCGCAGCACAAACUUUUAUAUCAACUCCUGACGACAAUUAUUAGUCAUAUUAAAUAUCUCAGGAUAGGGAAUGUAAAAGUAUUUGUUAAAUUUCCGAAUAUUUACACACAAAGCAACAAUUCUGCCAUUGAAAAGUUCUUUGGGUCGGUGGGCGGGAAUCAAAUUUUGCUUACUUACUGUUUACCAAUAACAAGAAAUGUCAGCGAUGGAGAGAAAAUGUAAUAUUAAUGUUGAAUAGCUCAUUUAGGAAUGAAAUACGUUACUAACUGUCAAUGAGUUUUACUACGAAAAUCUUGGAAUUCAUUACCAACUAAUUUAAGAACCUAUGCAACUUAAUUAUCAAAUAAUUAAAAAAAAAUGAAAUUUUAUUACAAGUUUAUCAGCUCAAAACAAAUAAAAUGUUUUUUAUCAUACCACUAAUUACAGUUAGCUUUUAUUCAAAAGACCUUUUCAACUAUGAUGAAAUUUUAAAAAAAACAAAAAACCACUGAAAAUUUUAUUUUAAGUCAAUUCCAUCGAUUUUGGUUUUCUACGUAAGUUUUUAAGUUUCUUAAGAACAUUAGCAAAAACAGCUUUGUUGUGUAAUUGCUGCAUUUUAAGAAACAAUGCCGCCACAGUACUUUGAGCGACCAAUUUGACCAUUAUCUUGUAUAAUCUAAUGAUUAAUGUGACUCAGGGAAAUGUGGAUAAAAUACACAAGCUUAAGAAUUAAUUUCAUUUUGUUUUUAAUGUACUCAAUUAUUUUAUUGUUUUUAUCCAUGUUUAAACAUAGUUUUUAUAUAUGAGAAUGAAAUAGUUAUAUUUAUAAUUUUUAAAUAGAAUUUGGUCUCCAAAACCACUAAAGGAGUCAUCAAAUUUAGCCAAUAUAUCUAUUUACAGCAAUUAAUUAUUCCUGUGCCAAACUUAAACAUGAUUUUUAAACAUGUGUGUGGUUGUUUUUAAAUGCAUUGAACUGGUUUCCAGUAAACAUAAUACUAUUUUGAAGUUCAAUCUAACCUUGGUUUAUGAUGAAAGAAAUGAAAAAGAGUAGAUCACAAAAUGCAGUUAGAGAAAUAUAGUUUGUCCACUGAUUUCAGGUCAUGUGAAAAUCUAUUCGCGUGGGUUGGUUUUAAGUCAAUAAAUUGUUGGUGACGUGGGAUAUAUUCUAGACGUUUAAUAGUUGAAUGAAAGUAAUUGCUUGAUUUGCAAAAUAACACAUUUUUGGAGAGAGAAAAAAGUGCGCUGUUGCCAUUAACGAACGAGUUCUUUAUAUAAUUAAAAAAUAUUCAAUGAAGCAUCUUUACAAAUAGUUAUAUGAUGUUUGAUGCAAUAGAGCUUUCUGGGGUGUCAAGUGGGGUGCUUGACGUAAGAUCCAUUAUAUCUGUUGGAUUCCUGAAUUAAUGUUGUUUGUUCAAUGUUUAAUACAAUCACAAUAUUUCCAUCUACAGCCCUCUAAUUUGAGACCAUCCUUGGGACCUGAAUAUUUGGAGUGGUUUUGGGGUUUGGUCUCGACAUAGAGGGUUAACUUAGUGUUUAUAGAUUGAAGAUUGUAAUUUGGUUUUUCGAAAAAGUGGUCUUGAUUUAGAGGGGUCUUGAAAUGGAGUGUACACUGUAUUUCUUUUAAUUAUUUGACUAAUGCAUUCAAAGUUUAUUGUAACCAUGGAGGAAGAAAAUAAUAUUUUCUUCCUCCAUGUUGUAACUAACCCAUUCAGUCCAGGAUUUUCAGAAAUAAACAAAUUAUGGAAAAUUAAUAAUAAAUAUUGUUGGUAUUCGUACUGCACAUUAAAAAAAUAUUUGGAACACAGUAUAAUAUAGAAAGCCAUCCAAUGUUAAAUUCCCAAUUGUUUAAAAAUCAAAUCAGUUUUACUUUUUUUUAAUAGAUAAAUUUGAUGAUACAUCAUUUCUUUUAAGUAUGUAUAUCAACCAUUUUAUGCCAAAAGUCCAUUUUCGCUUCUUUAAGCGAUGUGGCGAUUGUAUUUUAUUGAAAGAUUUUUAAUUUAACAAUGAUAAACGUUUCAAAAAUGUCCAUAAUUCUUAUAGCUUUCUUGAAUAAUAUUUUUUAUUUCAAAUGCAGUAUUUUAUUUUAUUCCUUUUAAAGAACGAUCCCCAAAAGAAUAAAUGAUUAUAAUAAUUGUGAAUAUAACAAUGUGUGACAGUGUGUAUAUAGAAUAAAAUUAUGUGUAUGGUGUUCAAAG